AUGGCUGAUUUUUCGAUUGAGAAUGUGUGUUAAGCGAUCCAUGCAUUCAACAAUGGUUAAGUUGAGAAGGCUGAUGCAUUCCUGAGAAAUUUCUCAUAAUCUAAAGAGGCUUGGGGAACAUGCAUUCAAAUUUUAUAGUCAAAUCCAGAUUCUUCAUUGGUAUUUUAGGUGUUACGCAUUCUGCAGUCCAAAAUCCUAUAUGACUUCAUAUCACUCAAUCCUUAGGAGAUUCAACAGAUUUAUUAAAACUGCAUAUAAAUCAUUAUCCAUUACAGUGUAUAAAAUUAAAAAUCUACUAGAAUAUAAUGUGUACUUAUGUUCAUCUAUUUAUACUUGUACACCUACAAUCCAUAAACUAAAUCUAUCUUGGAAGUGAUUUCCCAAUUGGUUGAUUGCCAAAACAAUAGUGCGCAUUAGAAUUUCUUAUUCGAUAUUUUGGAAACCUUCCCGGAAGAAAUCAUCAGCAAUAAAAAGAUAAUCAUUGAAGACGAAAAGCGAAAAUAUAUCGCCCAAGAUAUCAAGAAUAAACAAAUGUUGGACAUCAUUCAAUUUCUAUAGCAGAGGUGGAAUAACUCAACUGACGAGAAUGUCCGAUUUUAUGUGUUGCGAGCAUAUAAAAAAUGGUUGGAAUUUAUGAAAAAGUAUAUCAACGAAGACGAAGCCAUAUAAUUCAUGCAAUUAACCACUCAAACUCCCCUAUUCAAAGGUGCUUUGGACUCCAUCAUCAUCGAAGAAUUGCAGAAUAAGGCAGUUGAUGUAAUAUGCACGUUCUUUGGAAUCAUCCCCAGAAAUAUAUCAGAUUCACCUUCCUUAGACCCAUAAAUCAUUAAAAUCAUCUUUGACGAAGUCUAUAAGACAUUUGCAUUGUGUAAAAAGGCUCUUGAUGAAGAUCUGAGCGAUGAGAUACAUAAUUUGACACGACUCUACUCCAAACUGGGUAAGAAGUUUAUAUGCAAGAUAUUACUGAAUAGUCAAUUAGAUGCAUUCUUAACAACCAUGAUAUGGAUAUUUUGCCAUGAAAAUUCUUAUAAUGAAAGUGAAACCAUGACUGAUUUUUGGAUUAAGAUGAUUAAAACCAUUAGGAUUAUGAAUGACGUCUAAUUAUAGAGUAAAUUUGCUUUGACUUUUGAAUAAUUGAUCAAUGGAUGUGUUAAGAAUAGUAAAGUUAAUUUAACUUUGUUAUCUGAAUAUGGUUUAUAAUCUAAAAUUGAGGAUGAAUUUGAGUAGUUGUUAGAUACAAGAUCAGACAUGAAAGAGAUUAUAGAGGAAUUAGCCACUAUAAUUUAACCUAAUCAAAUUCUCCAGCAUUUAGGCCUGAUUUUAAAGUAGGAAUUCAUUGGCAAAAUGGAUGAUUCAGGUUGGAUCACUUUUGAAGCAUGUAUGUAUUUAAUAAGUGGCAUUGUUAAAUAAAUCACUCUUAAAAAUGAUUAAAUUGGAGUUCAAUAUCUAAUGGAAAUUAUUAAAUUAUAUUUGGAUGUGUAUUCACAAUAAUCUUUGGCGAGUAAUAAUUUCAUUUUGAAAACCGUGUUCAAGACAAUCUCUUAGGGAUGUGCUCAAUUGAUAUCUUCUAAUGAAUUAUUGCCAUUAUUGUUCAAUUUCAUUACGAUUGGCAUCCAUCACAAAGUGCCAUCAGUUCAAAAGAAAGCAACCAAGGCAUUUUAAUUGAUCUGUAAAUAGAAUCAAAAUUUUGUAUUGAUGCAUUUGAGUUAGUUUUUUGAUUUGAUUGUGAAGUUGCAAUAAGUUUAAAAUUACGAUAAUUUAAUCAAGGGAGUAGCCAAUGCUAUUUGUUCUAGUAAGGAAACUAUGCAAAAUUAUUAUUUGAAAUUAUGUUCAAUUUUUGCUUAGAAUCUACUUUAGUUACAAAAAUAAAUCGAAGAAUAAAUAUUGUCUAAUAUGAGCAUUGAUUCAUUAGAAGACAAUAUUGUGUAAUUUAGUAAAAAUAUCUCUUGCUUGGCAUAUGCAAACAGUUAGAUUCCUGCCAAUGAAAAUGAGGAUUUCUUGGAGGUGAGAAUUUUGAUAGUGAAUGUUUACAAGGAAUUAUGGCCAAUGUUGUAAUUUGGCAUGGAAAGAAUUGUAUUGUACGAGUCAAGUAUAGCUGAAAAGAUAGUUAGAUAUACAAAACAUACUUUUAGAAAGGCAUUCAAUGCCUUUUCAGUCGAUUUGCUAACGUAAGUAUUUUAGUGCUUUUUGAAUGUGUAUCGAUAAAUGCCAAUCACAGCAUGCAUCUACAUAGCCGAAGUGUCAGCUACUGUGUUUUAUAAAUACCCUGAAUAUAGGAACAUUCUAUCAGAAGCCUUUGAAAAUCUCUGCAACAUUACCUUCUAGCACUUACCCUAAUUAUCAAGUUUUGAAGAGAAUCCUGAUUUAACCGAGGAUCUCUUUGGAAUUUUAGUUCGAUAUGGGAGAUACACUCCAGUAUUGCUUUUGUAGAGUCCUGCUCUGACGACAAUCUUGCAACUUACUUUAAUGGCAAUAGGAUUGAAGCAUGUGAGUGCAGCAAAAACUUUCUAUUCUUGGUUGGAAGUGGCAUUCAAAAUCUUAAAACCUCAGGAUGAUAUCUUCAAGACUCAGGUUCCUCAGGAGUACAAGGAAAAGUUUUAGUAGAUCUUUGUGCCUUUCGUGCCUCAAUAUACUUCGAAGUUGUUCGAGGCUCUGAGAAAGGGGACGGCAGAUGAGGAGGUGGAGGAAUAUAUUCAGGAUUGCAUUCUCGCCUUGUCUCAAUUGUAGUUCCUUGAUUAUGGGAAACUGUUGGAGGGUGUGUUUGAGGAGGGACCAUAGAACAUUUUGACUGCAUCUGAGAGGAAGAGUUGGUUGGAGUAGAGCAAGGAUAGCUAGACUCAGAAACAUUAUUUGAAAUUGUAUUCGAGGCGGUGUGUUCAAAAUGCUUUAAGGGGAUGA